UUGACCUUGAUAGUCAUAACUAUUUGGACGCGUUAUUUCAACAUGGCCAAACUAGAGAUUAUAAAACCAAGUGAACUGUAUAACAUUUUGAAUCAGCAGUUUACUCACGCCUUCAUAAGUGACCCAUGUUAUUGUGCCCUGUUUGACUCACGAACUGCUGACGACUAUAAUAAGUCACAUAUUAUAACAGCUAAGAAUUUAAAAAGAUUGAAUGCUUAUUCUUUCAGAAUUCCUUAUGAGGCAGAACUUGACUGCAGGUGGAAUGUUAUUGUUUAUGAUGGGAAUACAUCAUCAUUGGACUCUGAAGGAGAUGCAGUUAGAGCCGCAAAGCUUUUGUAUGACAACGGGAGCCGCCACUUAGUUAAAAUACUGGAAGGAGGAUUUGAGACAUUUACUCGUUUAUAUCCAUACAUGAGAAGUGAUAAGAUAAUGUACUUACCACGAGAGCUUGAAUCGUUUUAUACUUACCCAUUGGAAGUUUUGCCGAAUGUUUUAUAUAUUGGUACAAUUCAACAUGCUGGUGAUCGUAAACUUCAUAGACAAAUGAAUAUUGUAGCACAUAUAAAUUGUGCAUUAGAUAAUGAUGAUCCUAUAUACCAGAAUUGUAAAGACUCUAUGUUAAAUAUUCAACCUUCUGAAAAUUGUGAACUGUUAUCAUUUUUGGACAGCGCUUGUGAUUUUAUUCAAGAAAAACGAUUAAGAGGACAACGUGUUUUAAUUAUUUCAAAAUGGAUGUUUAAUCAGUCUGUAGUGAUUGCAAUUGCUUAUCUUAUUAAAUAUGAAUUAAUGAGUUUAAAAGAUGCAUGGAUGUAUUUACGAAAGAUCUGUAUACCUAUGCAACCAAGUUGGAAUUUUAUGAUACAAUUAGCUGAAUUUGAAUAUAAAUUACAGCGUACUGAUAAAUUGAUUCCAUUGACAGAAGAUGAAUACUAUGAAAGAUGAAAUGAUAAAUUCUGAAUAGAUAAUACAACAGAACUUUAAAAAGGAAAUUGAAUUGACUGUUUUUCUUUUCUGUUAGGUAUUUUUUAAAUGACUUACUUACUUAGUUAGUUACGCCUGUUACUCCUCGUGAAGGAGCAUAGGCCGCUCACCAGCAUUCGCUAUCCAACCCUGUCCUGGACAAUCCUUUCCAGCUCCUUCCAGUUCUUAUUCAUCCUUUUCAUAUCUGCUUGUAUUUCCCGGGGUAAUGUUUUCUUCGACCUUCCUCUUUUCCGCUUCCCUUCAGGAUUCCAAGUCAGGACUUGCCUGGUUAUGUAGUUCGAUGAUUUCCGUAGUGUAUGUCCCACCCAUUUCCAUCGUCUUUUCCUAAUUUCUUCUUCAGCUGGAAGCUGGUUUGUUCUCUCCCACAAAAGGCUGUUGCUGAUGGUAUCCGGUCAAUGGAUGUUGAGUAUCUUGCGUAGACAGCUAUUUAUAAAUACUUGUACCUUCUUGAUAGUGGUUGUUGUACUUCUCCAAGUUUCAGCUCCGUACAGUAGAACUGACUGUCUUGACGUACGUAUUGAAGAUUGUGACUUUGAUAUAAGUUGAAGGUUGUUUUGAGUUCCAUAUGUUCUUCAGUUAAAGGAAUGCGGCUCUUGCUUUGCUAAUCCUCCUUGUUCAUCGAUGAUGCUUCCCAGAUGUUUGAAAAAUUCUACAUCUUCCAGGAUUUCGCCAUCAAUUUUUUUAAAAUGAGAAGUAACUAUUUGUUAACUCUAUUAUUUGUUUGACUUUUGAAUUGUGAUAACACAUUGAAAUAAGAAGUUACUUAUACCCCCC